UCACUUUCACAUUCACUUCACCUUCAUAGCGUAUAAAAGUGCGGCUCGAAGGUGAACAAUGGCAGGCAAACGCCACGGAAUCACGGCGUUAUUUGUUAUCUGCAUGUACUUCGAACUUGGUGAUUUCACACCUGAACUCAUUGUCCAGUCUAAUGGGAACUUCACACUACAGCCAAAUGUUCAGGGUCCCAUGGAGGACAUUUUGUGGAGGUGGAAUGGUAAUAAGGUGGUUGAAUUCUACCAGAAGGGGCUACAUGACUAUGGGAAGUUUCAAGGACGGGCAAUCCUGGAUGUCACAACAGGAGCCCUGACCCUCACACAUCUCAGAGAGUCUGACAGUGGGGAGUAUGUGGGUGAGCUGCAGGUCAAAGGAGAACUGAAAUACCAUCAUCAGAGGGUGACAGUGCUUGAUGCUGUAGAUAAACCUACAGUCACCUGCCAGGUGAACAGGACCUCAGUAACCCUGCUGUGCUCUGGGGACGACAGACCUGCCACUCAGUACAGGUGGGAGGGGCCUGCCAUAGAGCCCCAGCCAGGGCCCCAGCUGAAGAUAGAGGCAGCAGAGACAUCUGACUCAGUCUACACCUGUGUGCUCAACAACCCUGUGAGUGAGAGCAGAACAGAGCUUCCUUUAAAGAGCUGCUUCCCUGCACCAGUCAUCAUUCCCUUAGUCAUUGCCCUCCUCCUCAUCAUCAUCACCAUCAUUGUGGGAUUCAUUUACUAUAAGAAGUGCUACAAAAGUAAGUGUCCUUCCAAAUAA